UCGAUCGGAGGGAGCGUGCUGGAAUGGUCGUGUCGUCGCAGUGGUCGCACCGAAAAACGUUCUGCCCAAAGCUUACGGUUGUUCUGUGUAGAAGUGUGAGGGCCAGUUUCCUGCUGUGCUGCAUCGGAAUCAGUGUGCGUGCGUGACAAAAACAGGAGGACAGUGUGUGGGGAAGGGAAGCCGAGAACUGGACAUGCGAGACCUGCCGCCGAUGCUGCGGAAGAGGAACGGCAAAUCGCAAAGACUGGACUUGUGGUUGUUUCCGCGGUGUGCCAUCGAACUUACUGCUGCUGCGAACGGUUCGUGACUUGCUGCAGGGAGAACAAGAACAAGGAAGAUGAUUCGUCGCGAUCAUCAGCCAACGCAGUCAUCGCCUUCGUCCACCACCUUGGCGGACGAUGGAGCAGCGGUGGUUACGGCACGUAACUUUCGGAGCAAAAGCAUUGAAGGAGGAGCGGCGAGGCGUGACAGUAAGGACCGGAGCGUUCGUACCAGCACUAAUCAGUCACCGUCGGCCGUAAUGGUCUACAUGCCGGUCGGAGUUAAUCAAAUCAAGGAGGAAGCUAAUGACACGUACAUUCACCCCGACUCGGAAGUCUCCCUCGAUGCCAACAGCACGCUUGCUCACGUCCUAGAGGACUUCUCCAACGACGAUGACGUCCCACACGAACCGGAAAUCGAAAUCAAAACCCACUCGCGUUCCUUGGAGGAACCCACCUUUCGGAAACAUCACUUUAGUAGUACGUCGCAGCAGAAAGCUCUCCAGCUGCAACAGCAGAUGGGUAACCUGGCGUACCAGCUGUCCGAUCAACUGUUCAAACCCGUUCCCAUGAAUAUCCUCACGAAGGACAUGCUGGAGCAGAAGAUCGCCGAGAAGGAUCCGGACCUGGUCUACCGGAAGCAUCACAACAACAACAGCACCUGGGCCCGAUAUAUGCCCAUGUACUACAAAGGCGUCAAGCAGAACUACGUUCGAUGUCUGGAAUGCGGCUGGUUGGUCCUGCACAAAGCUAGCACCGGCACCGGAUCACUUCUCAGGCACAAAUGCAAGAUCAAACUACCGUCCGGCGUUGAGGUGAAGAUCGAACAACAACCGCCAGCUUCCAGGAAUCUCCCGACGAAAGCGGCCACGGCCGUCGGAUCUACCUCAUCGCGAUCGUCAUUCCAAACAACCGUCAUGCCUCAGAACGUGGUUGACGAUCUGGUUCGGCAACAAGCCUGCUUCCUGUACAAAGAUCUCAGCAGCGUGGAUCUCUUCGAAAGCCACAGCUUCCGCACAUUUGCUCAAAUGCUGGUCAACAUAGGCGUUUACUAUGGACAGCAGGACGUGACGUUCCUGGCUGACCGCACGAGACUGAUGGAUCAGAUCCUACCCACAAUCUACCAGCAAGCACGGAUCCAGUUGAACCAAGCUCUCGUGGACUGUGAUCUCAGCUACAGCUUCAACCUGUUCCGCAACGAAGUUGUAGGCAAAACAUUCGCAACGAUCAACUCCUAUACCGUCGCGGAAGACUACUAUUUUCGCAAAAUAAACGUUAAGACUGUGCCUGUGGAAGACUUGAAAUCCUUCGUGGAAGGACUUCCCUCGAUUAUCACCGACAUGAUAGAGAAAGAACACAACGAACCCCUGAAGUUGAUCUAUGGUGCCAAGCUGGACGUCCGAAGCGACGACUUUGAGCUGAUACCGUGUGUGGUGACCGCCCUUUGGGGAAUCAUGAAGAAAAUCAUGGACAUGUUCAAAUUCAACAGCGAGCAGUAUGUGGAGAAGAUCUUCCUCGCGGAAGAUGACGAAGAGGAAGACGCUAUGAAGAAAAUUCUGGCGCCAUUCAAGGAACCAAUCCGAAGUCUUGUCUCGGACGGUAACGUAACGAUCACCGAGGUAGUGCUUUGGAAAAAGAAGCUCGAGCGACACUUUCGAGUGGAGGAAACUGACGAUGAUAACUUGAAGACUAUUAAAGAAGCAUUCCAGAUGCAGAUCAAGCAAAGCUUGAAGCUGCACGAUUAUCAUAAGAUAGCUGUAUUCCUAGAUCCCAACUUUAAGGGUUUACGUUUCCUCUCGGAAGAGGAACGCAACGAAACGUUGGCCAUCGUAAAGGCACAUCUGCGGCGCGACAAGGCAGGAAUCGAUCAGCUGAACCUGACCAAGCUCUACUCCAGCGGCGAGAAAAGCAACGUCGAAAUCCGGAAGGAAACCAAGUUCUACGAGUUUAUGGACGCCUCGCUGGAGGUGGAGCCGGCCGACGUGGUGGACGACGAAAUCCGACAGUACGUGGACGUUAAGCUGGAGGCGCCGAUCGAUGUGUUGACGUACUGGCGCAACGAAAAUGCAUUCCCCCUGCUGAAGAAGCUCUGCCAGCGGGUACUGAACAUUCCAGCGGCCUGUGAUGAUAUGAAGCUGCGUUUCACCGGCGAACGAACCGGCGAGCAGCGGGACUUCCUCAAGAAGCGCGCUGUGCUGCGAGAGGAGGAAAUCGAUAUGAUGCUCUAUCUGAACCAGAAUGGGCCGUGAUUAUCUUAUUCUUAUUUGAAUAAAGUGAAAGACUUGACUAGUGUUAUUUAUAUUAA